GCUCUGCUAGUAUGGUCUGAAGGGAGAGGUUGACAGCAGACAGCAAAAACAACAGACCACAUCAAACUCGUUUUCUGUACAUUUUAUAACAAAAAUAAUAACAACCAUGGAAUUGUGUGAGAUACUGUACAACAAGGCGGAAUACAUUGAAACGGCGUCUGGUAACAAAGUGAGCAGGCAGUCGGUGCUGUGCGGCAGUCAGAACAUCGUCCUCAACGGCAAAACUAUAGUAAUGAAUGACUGUAUAAUCCGUGGAGACCUGGCCAAUGUCAGGGUGGGGAGGCACUGUGUUGUGAAGAGCCGGAGUGUCAUUCGGCCGCCGUUCAAAAAAUUCAGCAAAGGAGUGGCCUUCUUCCCGCUGCACAUCGGAGACCAUGUGUUUAUAGAGGAAGACUGUGUGGUGAACGCUGCUCAGAUCGGAUCUUACGUUCACAUCGGGAAGAACUGUGUCAUUGGUCGACGGUGUGUGCUGAAGGACUGCUGUAAGAUCCUAGACAACACAGUUCUUCCUCCUGAGACCGUGGUUCCUCCCUUCACCGUGUUCUCAGGAUGCCCAGGUCUGUUUUCAGGAGAGCUCCCAGAAUGUACCCAGGACCUGAUGAUUGAUGUGACCAAGAGUUACUACCAGAAAUUCCUCUCUCUCAGCCAGAUAUAAACCCCUUAACCUACCCUACCUUAACCUACCUUAACCUACCCUACCCUACCUUAACCUACCUUAACCUACCCUACCUUAACCUAACCUACCUUAACCUACCCUACCUUAACCAACCCUACCCUACCU